UCGCAUCCCCCUUUCAUCACGGACUCUUGACUUGUUGACGCGUGAGAAUCUGAAUAUCAAACAAACAAGGCACAAGAACAAAACCUCCAGCUCACUUCAUUUCUGUCGCCUCUCUUUUCUCUCUCUCUCUCUCAAUCUUCGGCGCCGGCAAAAAGGUCAGUAAUGGAGGAUGAUUAUUUGCAACUCUUUGUGGACGAGACCUCUUUCUAUAACCGCAUUGUGUUGCGAUUUUUGUUGCCCUCUUCUUUGUGGGAGCCGCUCCCGCAUGUUGUCCAAACUUGGCUUCGUAACUACCUUGCUGGCUCGCUUCUUUACCUCAUUUCUGGAUUCUUGUGGUGCUUGUACAUCUACUACUACAAACGCAACGUUUAUGUCCCUAAAGAUGAUAUCCCGUCUAGAAGGGCCAUGCUGUUGCAAGUAUAUGUUGCUAUGAAAGCCAUGCCUUGGUACUCUGCUCUUCCUACACUUUCUGAGUACAUGGUUGAAAACGGGUGGACUAAAUGUUUCUCGAGAAUAAAUGAUGUUGGUUGGCUUGCCUACCUGGUGUAUCUAGCCAUUUAUCUUGUAUUUGUGGAAUUUGGGAUUUAUUGGAUGCAUCGAGAGUUGCAUGACAUAAAAUUUUUGUACAAGCAUCUUCAUGCAACCCAUCACAUCUACAACAAGCAGAAUACUCUUUCUCCAUUUGCUGGUUUGGCAUUUCACCCACUGGAUGGUAUACUGCAGGCACUGCCGCAUGUUAUAGCACUCUUCAUAAUACCGACCCAUUUUACAACACAUUUAGGCCUAUUAUUCCUGGAGGCUAUAUGGACUGCAAACAUUCAUGAUUGCAUCAACGGCAAGCUAUGGCCUGUGAUGGGUGCUGCCUACCACACCAUUCACCACACCACCUACCGGCAUAAUUAUGGCCAUUAUACAAUAUGGAUGGAUUGGAUGCUUGGAACCCUUUGCGAUCCCAUUGAUGAUGUCGGUGGGAAAAAGAUGUAAUAUGAUGUACUAACCUUAAAAUCAUCUUUGAAAAUGUCUGACUCACUGCUUGAUUGGCUUUUUUCAGAUGUAUGUGAUCCUUUGCAUGUAAAUCAUGUUGAUUUUAGUGUUCUUUAGUGUCCAUGACUCCAAAGCUGGUAUUAAAGAAGAAAUAAGCUUUUCAGGUGCCAA